UCUUGCUCUUCUGUGAUGUGAACAUUGUGAACUGAAACUGAACUGUGUUUCUUGCUUUGCUUGGCUGCUUGCUUGGUUGCUUUUUUGUUUGCCUACAGUUUAAAUUGUGAUUGUGACUUGUUUGUGUGAACUGCGGCUAAAAAUCUAGAAUAACAUAUUAAUUGAAUUCCAUUCGAAUAAACAAUGCGACAUCAAUUGGAUGGAGAUGUUGAAGAUUUUAUUGCAGCUGUUGAAAGACGUCCACUGCUUUAUAAUUUCAAUUUGGAAGAAUUUCAUAAUACAAAAUUAACUAGAAAAUUAUGGAAUGAAAUUGCUGCUGAAUUUAAUACAAGUGUUAAUUACUGUAAAACGAAAUGGGCUGUUUUACGUGUUUCAUUCGCCCGCCAAAUGAGAAAUGAACAAACAAAUGCAAAAAGAACCAAUGAAAACCUAAUAAAUGACUGGUAUCUUAAGGAUAAUAUGUUUUUCAUGAGAAAAUUCAUGCGCCGAUGGAAAAGACGCAAAUCAAGUGAAAAAGACAAUAAAAGUUGCAACUAUCGAAGCUCAAGAAGAGCUAAACAAGAAAUAAAUAUACCAAAAUCAAUGUUAGAAAUCAAAAAUGAACCUUUGUUUGAAGAUCAAAAUGAAAGUUCAGUUAGUUUUGUAGAUGAUGUUCCAGAAAUAAGACUAGAAGAAAUGGUGAAAGUUGAAGCAGACGAUGAAGAUGUAUACGAGAUUUCAUUGUUUAGUGAAACUUCCCGGAAGAGAACAACAACAGGGGAUAUUGGUGAAGAUGAACAGUUUUUGUGUAUAAAUGCCAAAAGAAGAUCAAUAGAUCCAGAAGCUAACAAAGCAGAACUUUUGUCAAGUCCUCAAAAGAACACAAAAGAAGAUGAAAAAGACUUAACAUCAGGAAUGUCUUUGGGUUCAAAUCAAAAUGAUGAUGCAACGAUGUCAUUUUUUAAAAGUAUCCUUCCUGAUUUCAAUUCAUUAAAUGGAAGAAGACAACGUUUGCUUAAACAAAAAAUUAUGUUGGAGCUAAAUGUGUUACUUGACGAACAAGAAAACGAAUCAUAGUACACCUUAGUUCCUUAGAAUAAGCUAAUAAUUGUUUUGUAAUUUUA